UAGGUGGCGGUAAUGCAACAUUUAUUGAAUGCCAAACGCCGAUAAACCUCAUCGAAGAGACAAAGGAGACAGCAACACGGAAGUACGUGGGAAACGUCUGCUUGUCUUCUGUGGUUAAAAGAAGUGUCGAGAUGAGACCAACGGUGGUUUUAACGUGUUCAGUCCUAUUUUACUAUCUGGAGAUUGUACAUUCCCGAGAUGUCCAUGGAAAGCAAGAAUGGCCGAUUCCUUACAGGCGAUUUGAUUGUCGUCCCGCUGCGGACUCGUACUGUGAAGCCAUGUUCCCCUUCUGCCCCACCGGCGACAGGGAUGGCCGGAUCCCCUACAUGAAUAACUGGGAUGUCAUCUCGGUAUUUCGGAUGCAAACUCCAGUGUGGGAGUUUAAAUAUGGAUCAUUGCUGGGGAAAAUGCAUAUCAUGCAUGAUGCCAUUGGGUUCAGCAGUGCUGAAACGGGGAGAAACUACACCAUGGAGUGGUAUGAACUCUUCCAGCUGGGCAACUGCACCUUCCCUCACCUGAGACGUGAGACUAACAACCCCUUCUGGUGCAACCAGGGAGCUGCAUGCUUCUUUGAGGGGAUUGAUGACAUCCACUGGUCUGAGAAUGGCACCUUGGAGAAAGUGGGAGAGAUCUCAGGUGGCCAGUUCAACGAGAUGGCCUUGUGGGUCCAGGACGACAACCAGACUGGGAUUUAUUAUGAGACGUGGACGGUCCGCUCAGACCCCGGCCCCAACGCCACUGUGUGGUUUGACUCCUACGACUGCUCCCAGUUCGUCCAUCGCACCUACAGGUAUCUUGCUCAACAGCGAGCCAAGCUGUCCAGCCGAUUCCAGACCAACUACACUAAGAUCUACCUGUACAGUGGGGAGCCGACCUACUUGGGGGACGAUGAUUCUAUCUUCAGGGAGCCUUCUGCGAAGACCCUGGCCGAAGACAUCCGCAAGUUCUAUCACCCUUUCCGACCACACCAGUCGUACAUGGACUUUGUCCUCAGUCUCGCGGAGGCUUAUCAGAAGGUGGUAGAGGAGAAGAGCUUCUACUUGUACUAUAACUUUGAAUAUUGGCACUUACCCAUGAAAUCUCCAUAUGUGCAGAUCACGUAUGAGGAAGUGCCUUUGCCGUAAGGCCACAAUUUGUAAUUGGUUUUUCAGCCAAACUUCAGCCGAGCCACUUCUUUGCAAUAAAGCUGAGGGAUGGGGCUGGACAUUUUUUUACCACUCAAAGUCAGAUGGAGCUAUGGAUCGAAGGACUAUCGUUAAUUGAACUUGCCAUUCAUUGAACCGCAAUAUUGAACUUUGUCACAUGUGCCGAAUACAACUGUAGACCUUA